ACAAGAAACAUGAGUUCACCAAACAUGGAACAGAAACUUCAAACGUUGGCACAACAUUUCAGACCAGUCAAACCCACCACCACCGCCGUCGGUUCGACCGCCCGAGCUGCCGUUCUGGUGUGUCUCUUCCAGAGCGACGAUGGUCACUUGCGUGUCAUUCUAACCAAGCGAGCUUCAACUCUCUCUUCUCACUCUGGGGAAGUUUCGCUCCCCGGCGGGAAAAGAGAGGAGGGUGACAGUGAUGAUGUGAUCACGGCGCUCCGGGAGGCCAAGGAGGAGAUCGGAUUGGAGCCUUCACUGGUCAAUGUUGUUACUGUUCUUGAACCAUUUAUGAACAAGCAAGGAAUGCCGGUUAUUCCUGUUAUUGGCAUACUUAAUGCAAAGGAAGCUUUCACCCCCGCUCCAAAUCCUGCUGAAGUGGAAGCAGUAUUUGAUGCUCCAAUGGAAAUGUUCAUCAAGGAUGAAAACCGGAGGGUAGAGAUGAGAGAGUGGAUGGGGAACGAGUAUAUGAUUCAAAUCUUUGACUAUGAAAUGAAGAAUGCCAAGUACAAGAUCUGGGGCUUGACUGCUAGUAUCUUAAUUAAGGCUGCUUCAAUUGUAUACGAAAGGCCACCACCUUUUGUGGAGCAAAAUCCCAGUUAUAAGGUUGCUUUUGAUGUAGAAAGUGAAGAUAAUCGAAUGGGUUCAAGCAACCUUGAGCAGAGACUCCAAACUUUAGCACAACAUUUUAGACUCCAGAAACCAAUCAAACCUGAGCUAUCACCUACCAGUACCAGUGGUUCAAUCAAAAGAGCUGCAGUUCUGGUGUGUCUCUUCCAAGAAGAAGAGGGGGGCAUGCAUGUUAUUCUCACAAAGCGAGCCUCAACUCUCUCUUCUCACUCUGGCGAAGUGGCUCUCCCCGGCGGUAAAAGAGAGCAAGGUGAUGCUGAUGAUGUACAUACAGCUCUCCGGGAGGCCAAGGAAGAGAUUGGCUUAGACCCUUCUCAGGUCAACAUUGUCACUGUUCUUGAACCUUUUGUAAACAAGCUUGGUAUGACAGUGGUUCCUGUAAUUGGCUUACUUUCUAACAAGGAAGCAUUUAAACCAGCUCCAAGUGCUGCUGAAGUGGAAGCAAUCUUUUAUGCACCAUUGGAAAUGUUUCUCAAGGAUGAGAACAGAAGAGCAGAGGAAAGGGAAUGGAUGGGAUACAAGUAUCUGUUACACCAUUUUUACUUUGAUGAUCAUGGUAAACAGUAUGACAUAUGGGCUAUAACUGCUGGAAUUCUGAUCAAGACUGCUUCGCUUGUCUACCAGCGCCAGCCAGCAUUUCUUGAACAGAGGCCGAAAUUUUGGAGUGGAACUGCUCAUAAUACCACAACAUAGAUUUAAUGGCGUGUUAUUGUUUCUCAUGUAAUACACAAUCACACAUUUAGACAUUAACAAACUACAUUGCUUGUCCUA